UUAUUCAAAGGAGGACCCUGAAGCAGAUGACUAAAGUGUAAUAUGCACGAACGCUGAAGCCCAGCAUCCCUCACACACUGGAGCUCCGCCACAGCCUGCAGCUGCAUUGACGGUAAACAGAGAAAGGUAGCGCAUGGGCAGCCAGCAGGAAAUUAUUCCACAUCGCAUCACAUCACUGGGCAUACAUGGCGUCCUCACACACCGAGCCAUGAAUAUAGUGUGCAGGCUGACGAGGUAGCAGCCAAUUCUUCUCUGCUUCUCUCUUUUUUUUUUUUUUUUUUGUUUGCAGCCAUCGUUCUUUGCGGCGGUGUGCAGCAGCGGGGAAGAUUCAGCGCACAUUGCUACAGUAGGUAUCAUUUUUUUUUUCUGGAUCAAGACGAUGGAUGUGGGCUCAUCCGGAUCUAUUCCUGCAAAUACGGCGGACGGGCGCGACUUUUUAUUCCAAACGCAUCCGCAUCUUCCGUAUGUUUCAAGGUGUCUUUGAAAAAGCGUAUACGGACCUCUGGAGGAAAUGAGAAGAAAGGUAUAUUUUGACUCACGCCUGUCGAGAUGGAGGCGUCAUUAAGAAGACCUGUGCAUUCAAGAUCAAACGCACCUCAUUAGAUCAUUAAGGAUCAUUGUUAAUCUGCGUAAGAGCAAAGGGGCAUCUCUUAGCUGUGACCUUUUUUUUUUUUGGUCUAUGUGCACUGAAUCACAAAGAAGAUUGAUCCCACCGUCGACCCAAUGUAGGAACUGCUCCCUAAGAUUCCCACAACCUCUACACUUGCUUGGAUUUCAGCAUUCAGUCAAAUCCACCAGGACAGAGUAUGCCAUCUGCACCUUUUCACAGAAUCCUACGACCCCUUCUGCUCGGCACUUUCAUACUGGGAUGCUUUGUGACUCUGUUUUUGAUGUAUUUUAAACCAUCCACCAGCUGGUUAUCAGGUCCUGUAGAGUCCACGGUAUCCACAGAUCGGGUCAAGAACCUCUUCUCCAACAAGAGCGAUAAAAACGUGACCACCCUUUUGAUCUGGCUCUGGCCCUUCGGACAAACCUACGACCUGGCCGUGUGCAGCUCUCUUUUCAACAUCGAAGGCUGCUUUCUCACAGCGGACAGGAACCUCUACAACAAGUCGGAUGGGGUCGUCAUCCAUCACCGAGACAUCUGCACCGACCUGUCCAACCUGCCACCGGUCCAGCGACCAUCCUUCCAGAAGUGGAUAUGGAUGAACUUGGAGUCGCCGUCGCACUCCUCCCAGCUGCCUGGGAUCGAGAAUCUGUUCAAUCUGACUCUCAAUUACCGCCAGGAUGCUGACAUUGAAGUGCCUUAUGGGUCCAUUGUAGCGGCGGAGGGCGACGAGGACUUUGUCCCACCCAGCAAAAACAAGCUGAUCUGCUGGAUUGUGAGCAACUGGAACCAGGACCACGUGCGGGUGAAAUACUACAAUGAGUUGUACAAAUACAUUGAGGUUCAUGCGUACGGACAAGCCUUCGGGGAGUACAUCGCUGACCAAGACUACUUCCCCACCAUCGCCAGCUGCAAGUUCUACCUGGCUUUUGAGAACUCCAUCCACAAGGACUACAUCACUGAAAAACUGUACAACCCGCUGUCUGUGGGGUCAGUGCCAGUGGUUCUUGGCCCGCCCAGGGAGAACUACGAGAACUUUAUCCAGGGAGACGCCUUCAUCCACGUGGACGACUUCACCUCGCCCAAGGAGCUGGCCGAUUACCUGCUGCUCUUGGACAAGAACGAGGAGAUGUACCUCAGGUACUUUGAGUGGAGGCGGCACUUUAAAGUAAAGAAGGCUUAUUUCUGGGCAGAGCACACAUGCCUGGCUUGUGAUUACCUGCGGAGGCACAAGGAGUACAAGGCAUUCAAUAACCUUGACAAGUGGUACUGGGGCGGAUAGUACUUUGAAGGGCUAUGCAGUGCUUGUUUUGUUGUGGCUGUGCUUUAAGUAAUUUUAGUUCUUCGGUUAACAUGAAGGUUCAUUAUUGUGUGUCCAGAGCUCCCGAAUUAUGUUUUUUUGUUGAUUCAGUGGCCCAGUGAGACAUCCAUCUUGUUUAUUUAAUUAUUUUUAUUAUUUGCAAGUCAAUUUUGCCAAGCCUUACUUUGCCUUUUGUGUUAAUCAUUUAUUAAUAAUUUUAAUAAAUUGAAAAUGCACUACAUUUGUUAUUGUUAUUUCAAUCCAUGUUUUGCUUAACAUGACAACAUUAAGCAAAACAUGCUUUUUUGAAAUAUUUUUUGUUCUAUUUUUAGUAUGAAUGCUUGAUUGUAUGGAUGUUCCUGUAUAACAGAUAACAUUCAUGAUGCAAGGUUGUUGUUGUUUUUUUCUUUAAAUACCCCCUUUUCAUGAAGCAGAUGUUAGAAUAGUGUUGGCUGCAGAUGGAGAUUGACAUAAAAAAAGUGCAAAUAUUUAUGUAAUAUUUAUUCAAGUAAGGCAUUAUAUGAUAAAAAAAAAAACAAUCUCAUCUGUGCUAGUGAUGCAGUCAACUAUGCAGUGUUUACUGAACUCAAAUGUGAAAGUAGUUAAUUGUGUCAUGUACAUAUUGUGUAUUUUUGGAAGGAUGUAGCUGUCAAUUUUUUUCUCCAUAUUUUUGUGAGUUUGCAUUUGCACUGCUAAUCUAACUGCUACCUAUCUUAACAUAUGUACAGUAAGGCAGACGGACAUUGUGUUACGUGGUUGUAGAUGGCAUAAUGGUGAUCAUUACCCCGCUAGUCUCCGACAGCAGACGUGUCUGCUCGGUGAGAGGGAGGUUACUAUUUUAAUCAUGUUGUGAAUUGUUCAUUGUCACAUGUGAUGUGUCAAAGUGCAGUUGGAUUCCGCAUGGGUGAUAAUAGUACAGUACAGAGCCACUGUACUGCAGUGUGAAGCUCACAGACACCUCAUUAUGUUGGAUUCUGAUUUGAUCUGAAAUGUUUAAUUGAAUACAGUGAAGGGAAAGAGCACAAAAUAACAUAUUACUGAAGCUAUUUUGCUGUGCAUACUGUACUGCCAUCCUACAACUUGACAUUAAAUAUUUACACCGAUCUUUUCAACUAUUUCAAGCAGAUGUUACCAUAUGUGUGAAGUCGGUGUGAAUCAGGAUGAAAUAUGAUCAGGUGAGCUCUGCCCACAUUUUUGGUACCCGCUAAGAAAAAAGUGAAAGAUGUGAAAUGGUCAAGAUUACUGCCAGAUUAUCCAUAUUACUAUCUUUGAAUCAUCACAGCGCAGUGUUGCGGUGUGUGGGCAGUUAGAGGUUGCAUGUGAAAGAUAUUUCUUUUUCUGGAUUUCUUUUGUUGUUGUUUACACUCCUGUUUACAGUUGUGUGGCUUGCCAGCCAACCUACACCACUCAAGCUCACACUACAAAAUGCAUCAACAUCUGUAGAUACCGCAUCACAUUUAAAUAUUGUCAGAACAUCUAAUCCACUGAAAAAUGCAUCUCAACAGCACUCAGCAGCUAUUUGACGUCAUGGUUUUGUUUUUACAGAAAGAAUUGCGCAAAACCAAGUCAACAUUUUAUGCAAGAUAAGCCAGCGUCUUUUUGGUCAAAGUACUCAUUAUAUAUCAUUUUGAUAUUUCUUCACUGUCAAAGGGACCAUUGAUGUAAAUUAGGAUGAAUUUAAUUAUUUUUCUUAUGGGAUAUGGUUCUGAAACGCCGUAGUAAAACCUGUAUAUAAACCUUGUCGUGAACUGAAUCAUCAUCUGGAUCAAACCAGCCCACUGGCACAGAUCAUCCCUGUAUGUGCAAAGGACUGAGGGAGCUCAAACAUUUUUUUUUGCAUUUACGGGGAAAAGAAACAACGUGUUGUACAUAUUUUCAAUGUUAUAAAGAUCUCUUUAUAAGAUGCAAGUGUUAUCAGGCAGUGAAUGUGAUUGUGCUGCACCUUUGUAGGAAAUGUUGGUGCUUCGAAAGGCUGUGAAUCAAGGUGAAAGGAGAGUUAAACAGGAUUACCAGUGUCAGAGACAAUGGUUUCAGUGGACAUUUUCAUCAAGGGAGGCAAUUUUACACCAUCUUUUUUUUCUUCUUGUGAUUAGGCAGUACUGCUCUUGGCAUGACCUAAUUGAAAAAAAGUGAAAACGCAGCAGAGAUACAGCACUUUUAUUCAUGUGGAGUUGUGUGACUCACUGUGCUGGUGGCUGUCUUUAGAUGGAGCUGUUGUGAGUUCAGAAACUGUCAUCUACGACCUCGGCUGUCUCACAGAUCAACAAUGAAACUGCGAAUUAUGGUUUCAUAUUGUACAGUCCAAUCUCAUGUAUGAAAACAAAGGUUUCUUGUCCAAUGUGGUUGGUGAUUUAAAUUAACAAAACUUUAUUUUGUUUUCUUGUGUUGUCUGUCUCUUUCCUCCUCUCUCCCUUUCUCUCUUUUUUGCACAAAAACAAACACGAGGAGCUGUGGCUUCUCUGUUCCGUCUGAGUCUGUGAGUGUGUCACAGCACCAUGAAUCAGGAUGUCUCUGGAUACUGUCCGGCCUGGCACUGAUUUUGCCGGAGUCCUUGAAAACACUGUAUACCCAGUGGGAUGAAAUCUUUGUGUGGUUGAACAUGACGAGUUCUACAGAAAUGCUCAUUUUCUGCCAGUUCACUGAACUAACCAGUGAAUCAAUCAGUACAAGUCUUUUGCCAAAUCGUUGUGUUUUGCCAAAUGUUGUGUUUUAACUGUAGAUGUCUGAUAAUGUCAAAGAAAAUAAAGAUAUGGACAAAUGAGCAAAGAUGA